AUGGCGGACAGGAGCGCGCAAGUCAUCGCCGUGGCCAUUCUGUUCUUGGUUUUGACGUGGCUUACGGUCGGCCUGCGGAUCUACUGCCGGACGUUCCUGGUUCGGUGCAUUGGUAAUGAUGAUAAGGUGAUGGGAAUACUCUUGGUGCUGUUCACGAUCUAUCUAGGUUUACAGGUUUAUGGCGGCACGCGUGGGAUAGGUCUUCUCGAUGUCGACCUGACCCCCCAGAAGAAGCUCGAAUCACUCAAACUAUGGUGGAUACUGGAACUGCUCAACGUCUGCUCAACCUGCCUGGUCAAAAUCUCCGUCGGCUACUUCCUCCUCCGCGUCGCAAUAGAACGCACUCACAUCUUGACGAUAUGGCUCCUGAUGGCUGGAACAGUGGUCUUCGGGACGACGUACCUCCUCAUGGUCGCAUUCCAGUGUCGACCCGUCCCCACGUACUGGGAGGAAGGGCCGCGCACACCCGAAAAGUGCUGGCCGCGGCAGGUCAUCCUCAUCAUGACCAUCGCAGCGACGGUGAUCAACACGAGCGCGGACUUCAUCUUCGGCACGCUCCCGUGGUUCAUCGUCCGAUCCAUGGACCUGCCCCUAGAGACCAAGAUUGUGGUCGUCGGUAUACUUGGUCUUGCCGCGAUCGGGAGCACGGCUACGAUCGUACGGGCAUUCUACAUACCAACCCUACUCGAUGGUGAAAACUUCUUGUAUGAGACUACCAACUUCGCGAUCUGGAGCACCGUCGAGCCAGGAGUGGGCAUCAUCGCCGCCUCCGUCGCCACCUUACGGCCCCUCUACAAACUCGUGGUGACCCAAUUGCGCCGCACCGGCUCCAGCGGCUUCCGGAGAGACCAAUGGCGCCAACGGCAACAAGCCCGGCGAAACGAGACAAGCCGCCAGGUCAGAGCGGCACACAACCUCGACCUCGAGAAUCCACCACCAACCGACACGGCCCUCACGUCGCCCCAGGGCAUCUUCGAGGUCAACCCACCGCCGCUGCCUCCGCUCAGCAAGAACACCAACUCGACGCUGAAAUCCAGGACGACGACAGACGGAGGGGACCGUCAUAGCCACAGCACGCGCCGUACGUUGACCCUGAUGGAGUUCCCUCCGGCAUUACGGUUGAGCGACGACUUCCGCCGGACUAUGCAACGGCCGCUGGAAGAGUGGCUCGCAAUCAUAAGGGCCGAAGAAGCCAAAGACCCAAAAGCUGAGGAAGAGGGAGACGAGCAAGACGACAGCGAUGAAGAGGAAACCGAAACCCCUCCAACUGUCUUAUCCCCUCCGCCGCCGCGAAAGUCAAUCUAG